AGAACGUGAAUGACGUGUUAGAUCAGAGAUAAAUAAAAGGCCGUCACGGCUCUCUUAUCUCUGUCUCACAAUUAUGUGCUGAUUAUCUCUGUCUCUAUUAUUACCACUGUAAUUCAUUAUUUCUCGAAGUAUUCAGACACUUCUGCUUAUAGAGAGAGAAAGAGAGAGUUAAUAGGGUAAUCAAAUCGAAGGGUGCAAAAUGGGAGAGCGGGUUAGAGGAGGAUGCUGUCCGCCGAUGGAUCUGAUGCGGUCCGAGCCGAUGCACCUUGUCCAGCUCAUCAUCCCCAUCGAGUCCGCUCAUCUCACCAUCUCCUACCUCGGUGACCUCGGCCUAAUCCAAUUCAAAGACCUGAAUGCAGAAAAAAGCCCAUUUCAGCGAACAUAUGCCAAUCAGAUUAAAAGAUGUGGUGAGAUGGCACGCAAAUUGAGAUUUUUCCGGGAGCAAAUCACAAAGGCAGAAUUUUCUCCUGCAGUAAUAUCUGUGACAGAAGCUGAUCUCAAUCUGGAUGACCUGGAAGUUAAGCUUGGUGAACUUGAAGCUGAGCUGGUUGAAAUUAAUGCAAAUGGCCAGAAGUUACAGCGCUCGUACAAUGAACUAGCAGAGUACAAGCUUGUUAUACAGAAGGCCGGUGAAUUUUUUCAAUCUGCUCUGAGCAGCGCUGAAGCUCGUCAAAGAGAAUAUGCAUCAAAUCAGAGUGGUGAAGAAUCAUUGGAGACUCCACUAUUAUCAGAGCAGGAAAUGACAACUGAUCCAUCCAAGCAAGUUAAGUUGGGAUUUGUCACAGGACUUGUUCCCAGGGAGAAAUCAAUUGCCUUUGAGAGGAUUUUAUUCCGAGCUACCAGGGGUAACGUGUUACUGAAGCAGGCUGUAGUUGACAACCCAGUUACAGAUCCUGUCUCAGGAGAGAAGGUUGAGAAAAAUGUAUUUGUGGUCUUCUUUUCUGGAGAAAGGGCAAAGAACAAAAUUCUAAAAAUAUGUGAUGCUUUUGGAGCAAAUCGUUACCCUUUUGCAGAAGACCUAGGCAAGCAAGCUCAAACGAUUAAUGAGGUCUCAGGGAGACUUUCGGAAUUGAAGACUACCAUCGAUGCUGGACUAGUGCACCGUGGUACCUUAUUACAAACUAUUGGAGAACAAUUUGAGCAGUGGAACUUUUUGGUAAGGAGGGAGAAAUCCAUUUACCACACACUAAAUAUGCUUAGCAUUGACGUGACAAAGAAAUGUCUGGUGGCUGAAGGGUGGAGUCCUAUUUUUGCUACAAAACAGAUCCAAGACGCAUUACAUCGUGCAACACAGGACUCUAAUUCACAGGUUGAUGCUAUUUUCCAAGUUUUGCGAACACGAGAGAUGCCGCCUACAUAUUUCCGAACAAACAAAUUUACUUCUGCCUUUCAAGAGAUUGUUGAUGCUUAUGGAGUGGCCAAGUAUCAGGAAGCAAACCCUGGUGUAUUCACCAUUGUGACCUUUCCGUUUCUUUUUGCUGUGAUGUUUGGAGACUGGGGGCAUGGAAUAUGCCUGUUACUUGCAACAUUAUAUCUUAUCAUCAGAGAAAAAAAGCUGUCAAGUCAGAAAUUGGGAGACAUCAUGGAAAUGACUUUUGGCGGACGUUAUGUUAUUCUGUUGAUGGCACUGUUCUCAAUUUAUACGGGGUUAAUAUACAAUGAAUUUUUCUCAGUGCCAUUUGAAUUAUUCAGCCGAUCUGCAUAUUCGUGCCGUGAUCUGUCUUGCAGUGAGGCUACUACGGUGGGAUUGAUCAAGGUGCGUGACACUUACCCAUUUGGUGCGGACCCCGUAUGGCACAGUUCACGCAGUGAGCUGCCAUUCCUGAAUUCAUUGAAAAUGAAAAUGUCAAUUCUUCUUGGGGUGGCCCAAAUGAACCUUGGAAUAAUACUGAGCUAUUUUAAUGCCAUAUUCUUUGCGAAUAAUAUAAAUAUAUGGUUCCAAUUUAUCCCUCAGAUGAUAUUUUUAAACGGUCUUUUUGGCUACCUUUCUGUCCUUAUAAUCAUAAAAUGGUGCACUGGAUCCAAAGCUGAUUUGUAUCAUGUAAUGAUAUACAUGUUUCUGAGUCCUACUGAUGAACUUGGUGAAAACCAGCUUUUUCCCGGGCAGAAGAUAACUCAGCUUGUGUUAUUAUUGUCGGCCCUCAUCUCUGUUCCUUGGAUGCUGCUACCAAAGCCUUUCCUCUUGAAGUUACAACACGAUAGGCACCACGGAGAGUCCUAUGCACCACUUCCAGACUCAGAAGAGUCUUUGCAGUCGGAGCCAAAUCAUGAUUCUCAUGGCCAUGAGGAGUUUGAAUUCAGUGAAAUUUUUGUACACCAGCUCAUACAUACAAUAGAAUUUGUACUUGGUGCAGUCUCAAAUACAGCUUCAUAUCUUCGUUUAUGGGCUCUCAGGUAUAGUUUCAGAACCUUCAACUGCGCCUCAAAAGUGUUUCAACUAAUUUACCCAAAAUGGAAAUUUGCAAGGGAACUGGUCAUAAACUGUCGAAACCCGACGAGUUAUAUGGUGAACCAUCGACCUAGUUUGCCUUCACCCCGGAGGUUCAAAUGUGAUGCACCAGAACUUCUUGUGUUUGAGAGGAGACAAACUCCUAAUACCAUUCAACCAUCUGUACAUCGCAGGUAUAAUAACAUAAUUAUCCUUAUUGUUGGCAUCAUCGUCUUCAUUUUCGCGACUGUUGGAGUGUUGUUAGUUAUGGAAACUCUCAGUGCCUUCCUGCAUGCAUUAAGGCUUCAUUGGGUGGAGUUCCAAAACAAGUUCUAUGAAGGAGAUGGUUACAAGUUCUAUCCGUACUCAUUUGCCUUGCUUGAUUAUGAGGAUGAAUGAUACUCUACCAUCAUAUAAAUUAUGGCUAAUUAAGGGUUUAUUAGUAGUUCAAAUGUGUACAAUCGCAGGAUGUUUUCUUGAUUCUUUCAUCUGGAUGGGCCAUGCAUAGACUAGGCAAUAAAACUAUACUAUAUUGCCUUUGGAAAGCUUUUGCGUUGAGCACCCUCUCUUGUAUUAUUAUGUCAGUAGAAAGAAUAAGCAGUCCGUGAGACCUGCAGCUGUUUUAGUAAUUAACUCAUUUCUGCAGUUAUGAUUGUGUGUGACAAUUGGGUUAUAUAAUCUUAUCUAUUUUUGUGUGGAUUGGCA